CGGGCGCUGCUCUGCUCAUCUGGUGACAGUUCUCCCCGCUGUGCGGUUGUGGUGCGGCUUCUCCGGUGAACGCUGCGGGGAUGAGCCCCGGCGGAUACCUGCGGGGGACAGUGGACCUUGCGGGUCCCCCGGAGAUCCGUGACAGAGCGCACCCAUUUCCCAGAUCUGUCUUCAUCGCGCUCCUUUUUCUGGGGCUGCUCCAGGUUGGCUGCACCUUGGGCUUGUUCUUCUACGUUAAGGCACAGGUGGAGCCAAACUGUAUGACUAAGAAAGAACUUGAGUGUUGGAAGUCUAUUCUGAAGAUGAGAGAAGCACCUCCUACUAUGGAUACAUUUGGUAGAGAAGAAGGAAUUGAAUGUGAAGGAAUACAGCUGGCUUUUAAUGGGGCAGUAGAAAAGGCAUUACAAGGACUAAUUUCACAAAAGCAGCUUCAUAUAGGAAAUGAUAUAAUGCAGGAUCCAAUCUUGUCAAGAAGCCAUAAUUACCAGACGUGGCCAGCUGCACAUCUUACAUUAGGUAGCAGUACUGCAGGAGACAGUGCCAUAGUGCACUUGAGAUCUUGGAAUCAUAAAGAAGGUUGGGCCAAUAUACAAAAUAUGAGCUACAACAAUGGAACAUUGAAAGUCCUGCAAGAUGGAUUUUAUUUUGUGUAUGCUAAUAUUUGCUUUAGAAAUCAUAAGAUGGCGCAGAAGCUCCCAGAGAAGACUUUGCAGCUCAUGCUUUAUGUAUGUAAAUCAAAUAAGAGUGGACUACCUCCUGAAUACUUACUGAAGGGUGGGAGCACUGCAAUGUGGUCUAAUGAUUCAGUGUACAACUUCUACUCUGUCUACCAAGGAGGUAUUUUCAGAUUGCUUGCUGGAGAGGAAAUAUUUAUCAAGGCUUCAAAUGCGGCACUAUUGGACCCCGCACAAGAAGCAACCUAUUUUGGAGCCUUCAAGGUCCUUGAUAUUCACCUGUAAUGUUUUUGUCUUUAUUGGCAGCUGGUUAAUCUUAAUGUUUUUACCUACAGUGUUUGACAUUUUUGGCAUCCAGGUACUGUAAACCCGUGUUGUUUUUUAAAUAUGUGUCGUUAUUACUUGUGUAUAUCAUACAGUGCCUUAUUUAUAUAUCACCUAGUUGAGUACAAUGUCAUAAACAUUUAAUACUUCCAGGAGCAAUAUAAGAACACAGGUGAUUCUUUUUCAUGCUGGCAUGACAUGCAUCUUUAUUAUUUAAUUUUUCUUUACUAGGUGUCUACAGUGUUUAUCCAGUAGAGUCUUGUGUUGCUGAAUUCAUCAUGUUUUAUCUACUAAUAUAAAUUAUGUAAUUUUAUUUUAUUCGUAAUGCCUCUAUAUAAUGGGUACCAGGAAUGAAUGACUUUAGCAAUAUACAUAUUACUUAGUAACACUGUUUCAGUGGCUAUGUCUUUUGUUUCUCACGCUGUGCCUUAUCAUGGCUUUCUAUGGUCAAUAGUAAAAUAUUUUAGGUUGGUGCUAGAAGAAAGAGGGGGUUACAUCCUAGGUUAACGAUAAAAAUAAAAAUAAAUUGUUGAACUAGCUACAGUACCUGAGAGAAUCAAGAACUAGAUCAAAUUGUCCAUACGCCAAAAAUACUAUUUUUUAUAGUAUAAAAACAGCAAUAAAAGGACUUUUACUUACCUGUAUGUAUCCACUUCAGAGUUGUGUAAGUGCAUAUUCUGAUUCACAGUGCCUUGAAAAAGUAUUCAUACCCCUUGAACUUUUUGACGUUACACCCACAAAUUUAAAUGUAUUUUUUUGGGUACAAGACUAACACAAAGUAGCAAGUAUAUGUGGAGGGAAAAGAAAAUGUGUGGCGUGCAUUCAGCCCCUGAGUCAAUACUUUGUAGGACCACCUUUCCUGCAAUUACAGCUUCAAGUCUUUUGAGGUAUGUCUCCACCAGCUUUUCACAUCUAGAGGCUGAAGUUUUUGCCCAUUCUCCUUUGCAAAAUAGCUCAAGCGCAGUCAGAUUGGAUGGACAACGUCUGUGAAUGGCAAUUUUCAAGUCUUGCCUUAGAAUCUCAAUGAGAUUUAGGUCUGGAUUUUGACUAGGCCAUUCUAACACAUGAAUAGGCUUUGAUCUAAACCGUUCAUUGUAGCUCUGGCUGUAUGUUUAGGGUCGUUGUCCUGCCGGAAGGUGAACCUCCGCUCAAGUCUCAAGUCUUUUGCAGCCUCUACCAGGUUUUCCUCUAGAAAUGCCUUCCAACAAUUUUCUCAUCAACAUUUAGGUUUGUGGGUUUAACAUGAAACAAUGUGGAAAAGGGGUAUGAAUACUUUUUAAGGCACUGUACAUACAGAACAUGUGUUUUUUUGGGGGGAUAAUAUUGAUCAGUGGCAUACAUAGAGAAUAAGCAAAGAUAACAUUAGGAUCUUUCAGGUGCUGCUUAAAGGGAGUCUGUCAGCUCCAAAACACCACACGAACUAGAUUAACAGGUGUAUAGUGUAUGUGGUGCUAAAUCCUAUUAUGUCAUUUUUCUCUUUACUCUCGCUUGCAUUCUGACUCUGUGCAGCAACAGACCAUUAGUAAAAAAGGCUCUGCUUGGUAUUGCAGCUCAGCCCCAUUCACUUAAAGGAAACCUGUCAUGUGGGUAUUUGAUUAUAAUAUAACUCAUUAUAUACAAUCAUUAACUAUUAAAAAGUACCUUAGAUUUAUUCACUUACUGGUGUGACAGAUGGUUAGCCUCAUAAUAUACUCACAAAGAUGCCACAUGCCACUUGCUAAUGAGCUGAUUUGAGUCCAGCGUGACGCCUAACUUUGAUAUGAUUCCAUCGUUUUUUCUAUUCAGUGCUGUAGCCACUCCCCUAUUCACUUGUUCAGAAUCUCAAAAUCCCGCGCAUGCGCGCUGUCUGACCAGUGUAUUGACGCACAUACA